GUAGCUCGACGCCGCGGACGCGCCGCUCGGCGACGACGGUGCCUUGUUUUUUGUUUUCGCAAACGAUGCCGACUAUAAUGCGCUCAUAAACCGGAGGAAAGAUGGUCGGUAUGGCUAGUAUGGAGGACCACGAACGGAAGAUCGUCAUGGAAUUCGUACAUCUGCUCGAGAAGUCAAAACAGUUGUUCAACGGACUGAGGGAUUUACCACAAUACGGACACAAACAAUGGCAGGCAUAUUUCGGCAGAACGUUCGACAUUUACACGAAAUUGUGGAAAUUCCAACAGCAACAUCGCCAAAUUCUCGAUACGAAAUACGGACUAAAGCGAUGGCAAAUUGGAGAAAUAGCGUCAAAAAUUGGACAACUCUAUUACCAUUACUACCUGAGAACCAGCGAAACAAAUUAUUUAAACGAAGCAUUUUCUUUUUAUUCCGCAAUUAGAGGAAGGGCGUAUUAUUCAAGAGCAGCAAAAGAAGAUAGGUCAGAACUGAUGGUAAAAAAGCUUCGCUAUUACGCACGAUUUAUAGUAGUGUGCCUUCUUCUAAGAAGAAUGAAGUUAGUUAGGGAGUUAAUAGUUGAGUUAGAUAGACAUAUCGCCGAUUAUACUAGCACUUACGAACCCGAUGAUCAGAUCGAAUGGAGUUUGGUGUUAGACGAGAUCAAAGCAUUUAUCACAUCUGAAUCGUUGGUGACGGUACUUCAUACGGAUACGAACCCUAUUGUUCUAUCCCACAGGUUGAGCCCGCUUACCACUCCACCUGUAGAGAAGUCACAAUAUAUGAAUUUAACACUACAAGAAAUACUAAUCGUUGGUUGUGCUACGGAUCAAGUCAAAUUUUCCGAAUUGACGAUGGAUAUGUUUCGAAUGAUCCAAACGUUGGAGCGAGAACCUCAAGAAGAGUUCAAUCACAUUUACGACGCGUCCCCGGCACCUGGACGUGUCCCUUACAGUGUACCUGGUCAAAAAGGAUAUUUGGAAAAUGGUGAUAGACCGGCACGAAGAGAGAAUCCCCAUAAAUAUCUUCUGUACAAACCCACACUCAGUCAAGUUCUUGUUUUCUUGGCCAGCGGCUUUAAAGAACUACCAGUGAAUGGAGCUUUACUGUUGUAUUUGUCUGCAGAUGGGUGUUUUUCAACGUCGAAGCAUCCGGAAGACAUGGGAUACGACCUGGGCGGUGUUUCGACGACCGGUAGAAGAGACGGAGAACACAAGAAGACAAAAGAAGUACACUGCCUUUACCCUGGUGACCUAUACCCGUUCACGAGACGUCCUUUAUUCGUGAUAGUGGAUUCUGACAAUAGUUUUGUUUUUCAACACAUUCCUAGAUAUUUCGGACAACCGUUAGUUACAUUAAUGUCACCGCAAGACACACCUCCUGCUUUUCAAGAUCAACAGCACAAUGGAUCUCUUUUCACGCUGUUUUUGCAUUCACCUUUGACCGCCUUUUGCUACUGUUGCAACAUCCCAAGUAUAGUAAUUCACCAUUGGGAGCGUUGCCAGUCAUUUGUUGACCGUUUUGUCACCGAAGCAUCAAGAUUAUUUACACGUUCGCGUGUUGAUCUAUCAUAUCUACAAUUUUUUGGAGACGAAUUCUUGCGGUUACUUCUACUACGAUAUGUGUUCUGCGACGUCGUGCUUCAUCUCCAUAGGUCGUUCAGGGGAAGGCAGUACCGGCCGCGAUGCCAGCCGCCCCUGCCAGAAGCUGAACUGCUCGAGCACCCAUCAUUACAGCAUUUGGUGCUUGAUUUGGCCACUCACUUGGAUGUACAAACGCAUUUCUUAGAGAGUCAUGAACUUGAAUGAUCCAGGAGUCCCUCCUCAUGGAUAUGCUUGGGAAUGAGCUUUAACACCUGGUCGUCCGCAUUGCAAACCCAUGAGGAUGGAGGGACCAUUCUCCCAAGAAAACUCAACAUUUCGCAGGCUGUAUUCACGGUCGCGGUGAUUGUCAUCGCAGUGGUGCGUCUGUUCACAAAUUUCACCAAGCUCCUGGAGAGGAUAUCGAAAAUGGCGGGGAGUUUACAAACGGAACUUGCCGGGACCCUUCGCGACCUUUUCGAUUUAAGCGACACGUUAAAAAACUUUGCUACGCUGAACGACAGGGUUUUGGUGAUGUUUAGGACGGAUAAAAACGUUUCCACGCUGGAAAACAUUUUCAUCGUUUAAACAGCUUCUAUAGACUUCUAAAGAAAUUUUAAAUACAGUGAUAAUAAUAUAAAUGUAAUCUAUUUGAAGUAAUGUGCGUUGGCAGUACUUUUUUUGUGCAGCAGGGGAGAAUUGUUCGUCAGUCAAUAUAGAGCAGUAGCCACAAUUUAAAAAAAAAAUGGCCAUACUUUUAUUAUGAAAAAUUAAUAUUUAUGCUUGGUUAGGCAAAAAAAAUACUGAGUAGCUGGUUUCCAUUUGGAUUCUAACCCAGUAUAGCAUCUCACAAAAAUUAUUUUUUUUUAAUUUUUAAAUUUCUGUUUAAAAGGCAAAAACUUUUAUCCAGGAACAAUUGCUUUUACUCGUACAAUAUUCGAAAAAUUUAGUAUUUUACUAUCAACUAAAGACAAACUGUUAUAUUUACUAAGAUAUUAAUAAAUUCUCAAACGAAUAACUAGUAGUCCCAUUGUUAAUGUAUUAUUCUUAUUAAAAGGCAGCUAACAGACUAUAUCUAAUAUACAGGAUGGUCCAAACUGUAUUCCGCAAACGUCAACAGUAUAUUUUGCCGAUAAAAAUAAGUAAAAAAGUUUGUAUAAAUGUAUGUCCUAAAAUGCUUUGUUUCGGAGAUACUGGGAUACAUUUCAUUUUUUCAUUUCGAUUUUUUUCCA